UUAUUUUUAAUCAAAACUCACUAUAUUUGUAAUCAAUAUUUAAAGUUGCUUACACAAUAAAAAGAAUAACGAAUGCCUUUUUAUAAUAUAUUAUCUACCCAAUGUUCCCAAUCCCCUAUUGCCAAACACCCGGUAUAUGUAUAUACAAAUACAAUAUAACCUGUUUCGUUUUCCCUUUUUCUUUUCACUUUCGGGAGGUGAAGGAAUAGGAAAUAGCCAAUUAGCCAAACUUCAUGGGCAUUUACCUCUACUUCUAACUACUCUUCUUCUCCGAUUUGUCAACCACUGCCACAAAUUUUUUUGGAGAUCCAAUUACCUUUUUUCAUUACGCAUAAUCAGAGAGGAUCAAGUCUCGUAAUUAGUUGUUGAUUCAAAAGGCAUUGAAUAGAUCAAUACUCAAAAGAAACCAAGUCGAUGGAAGCUUUGUGAAUCAUUUGUUUUUUCCCUUACAGACCAAGCUGAGAUUUGUGCACAAUGUUAAAUGAGUUUUUCAGCGCUAUCGGACUUGUGGUAAUCUUCUGCAUGUCUUGAUGUCUGUUCAUAAGUUUUGCUCCUCCAUUCCUAGGACGAUUUUUACAUGGUAUUAGACUCUUAGGGGAAGAGGGACUGAUUUUGUUUUUUUCUUUUCUUUUUUCGGUUCUUAUUGAAAGGUAAUUUAUACCUUGAAAGCAAAUUGUUAUGCUAUUUCCUUUUUAUUUACCCCAUCUUUUGUAUAUAUGUUGACUUUCGUCGUGUUGGAAAAGUAGCUCGGUGUUGCAUGGGGUUAAUCACUGGUCAGGGGAAACAACCCCUAUUUUCAUUUGGGGUCAUAUCAGAUGUUCAGUAUGCUGAUAUUCCUGAUGGUCGUUCCUUCCUCGGUGUGCCUCGAUACUACAGACAUAGCAUACUUGUGCUACAAAGGGCGGUCCAUAAAUGGAAUAACCUUCAACAUCUCAGUUUUGCCGUUAAUUUUGGCGACAUUGUUGAUGGAUUCUGCCCAAAAGACAAGUCUCUAGACGCUGUCAAAAUGGUUGCAUCUGAAUUCGAAAAAUUCAAUGGCCCUGUACACCACAUGAUAGGUAACCACUGCCUCUAUAAUCUUUCUCGUGAGAAACUACUACCGUUAUUGAACAUUCCCGGUCAAAAUGGCUCUGCUUAUUAUGAUUUUGCACCUACACCUGGUUACCGAUUAGUUGUUCUUGACGGGUAUGAUAUCAGUGCUAUCGGCUGGCCUCAAGAUCAUUCAAAAACAACUGAAGCUUUAACGAUUCUCAAGGAAAAAAACCCAAACCCCGAUAAGAAUAGUCCAGCAGGACUAGAAGGUCCCGCAAGAAGGUUUCUGAAGUUCAAUGGAGCGAUUGGGAAAGAACAGAUGGAAUGGCUCAAUCAUACCCUUCAGAACGCAACUGAUUUGAACCAGAAAGUGAUUAUCUGCAGUCACCUUCCUCUAGACUCGAACGCAGCGACAUAUGCGUCACUUCUUUGGAAUUACGAUGAAGUGAUGGGUGUUAUACACAAAUACAAGUGUGUGAAAAUAUGCAUUGCUGGGCACAAUCACAAAGGAGGUUACUCGAUCGACUCCCAUGGGGUUCACCACCGUGUUCUCGAAGCUUCCCUAGAAUGUCCUCCAAAUUCGGACGCAUUUGGAUAUUUAGAUGUAUAUGAGGAUAGGGUUUUGCUCGUUGGUACUGACCGGAUGGCAAGCACAGAUAUGGUGUUUGAUUCUUCACCUUCAUGUAUUAGGUAACUUGACAUAAUUCUUUGUCCAACAAAUUAUUACUGUUAUUCCUUAGCAUUAUGUUCUGUAUAAUGUACAUUACCAUUAACGGCGGUUUAGCUAUAUGGACGUCCGUUGAUAAGUAUGAAUGUAAAUCAAUUUUUACGAAAUGCUUAUGGCAGAAUGUAAGUCUUAUUACCAUAAAUAUAAAUGAUUGAACU